AUGGAGGAUUGUUCUAGGAAAAAAGGUUUAAGUUUUAUUGAAAAAUGUAACAAAGUCAACGAUUUUCUACCUACACUUGGAAACUUAGCCUUAAAACAGAAGAGAAAGCUAAAAUUAAAACUUAAACGUGUUUUCGAGAGUGAAAAUAAAAGUUUGAGAUCGAUGGAAAUUCUUUUAAUGAAGCAGAAAUUGAAGCAGUUGUUGAAUAGAAUUGAACAAUUUUGA